AUGGGGACUGUGCUGCGUUAUUCUCUUCUUCUUCUUCUUCUUCUUCUUCUCGGGAUGGCCUCAGAGCUGAGAGCUGUGGAGAAGGACUGCUUGGGAGGGGGGUUCUUUGGGGGAGUAGGCGGCGAGGUCGGGUGGUCUUUGGAGAUCGACCUGUACAGGAGCAGUUGCCCGACGGCGGAGGAGAUCAUCUUCGGCGGAGUGCAGAGGGCCGUCGCCGGCGACCCCCGGAUGGCCGCGUCGCUCCUCCGCCUUCACUUUCACGACUGCUUCGUCAAUGUGAGUAUCCUCCAACGUAGCCCCAUGCCGGCUCCGGCGAUCUUCGGAUCUCUCUCUUCUAUUAUCUCCGUCCUUCGUCAACGCAGGUAUUGUCUAGUAUUGUCCAGUUCCGGCUCCGGCGAUCUCUAAGCUCUCUCUCUCUCCGGCGCAGGGCUGCGACGGGUCGGUGCUGCUGGAUGACUCGCCGGCGUUCGCCGGAGAGAAGACCGCCGGACCGAAUGCGAACUCCCUCAGAGGCUUCGAGGUCGUCGACGGCAUCAAGCUGGAGCUGGAGGCGUCCUGCCCGGGGAUAGUCUCCUGCGCCGACAUCCUCGCCGUCGCCGCCAGGGACGCCGUCGCGCUGGUGAGCUCCUCCGGCAUGACCGGAGCUUGACUUUUCCAUCUUUGCACUGACUCAUCUGGAUACGUUAUCCAGUUGGGUGGACCCACGUGGGACGCGGAGCUGGGGAGGAGGGACAGCUUGACGGCCAGCAAGUCAGCUGCCAACAAGAACAUCCCGGGGCCCAACUCCGACUUGAGGGCGCUCGUUGACCGCUUCAACCGCCUCGGCCUCUCCCCGAGGGACAUGGUGGCCCUCUCAGGUGUCAAAAAUUUCAGUCAACGAUCCACCGUGGCAUUUCCUUGUGGUGACACGUCACAUCUGACAUCUCCUCGCCUUGAAUUCAGGAGGGCACACCAUAGGCAACGCGCGGUGCAGCUCGUUCAGCUCCCGGUUGAAGGGCUCCCCCCCCGGCGGCGCCGCCGUCGUCCCCGGUGCCGGCGAGGUGGGCUUCCUCGACUCCCUGCAGCAACUCUGCGACGGAGGAAAUUCGACGGCCCUGGCCCAUCUGGACCUCGUAACUCCGGUGGCCUUCGACAACCAGUACUACACCAAUCUGCUCAACGGCGUGGGCCUGCUCUCCUCCGACCAGGUGCUGGUCGCCGGAGGAGACGGCCAGGUCCUCGCCAUCGUGGAGGACUACGCGGCGGAUCCCAUGGCCUUCUUCCAGGACUUCAAGGCGGCCAUGGUCAAGAUGGGCAGGCUGAGGGCGCCGGCGGGAGCCGCCGGAGAGGUGAGGAGGAACUGCAGGGUUGUGAACUGA